CUCGGCAGGGUGGUUGGGGAUGACACUGUGACUUGGCUGGAGCGCGCAAGGAUUGGAUGGACCUAUAAUCACAGCAUAGCUUCCAGACUAUGCAGACCUGCGGAGACUUUCUGCGACUUCAGUGUGUCACAAUGGAUGGAAGGUUACAAUCCGGAGUAGUGCCCAUGCAAGACACGAAGGUACUCGGACAUGCGCAGCAGCUGGUCAGUCGACUUGCUCCACAACGAGGGUUGCACCCACGUCAUCACCCUGGACUCCUCUAUCACGGAUAGUCCGCUGCUACAGAACAUCAUCAAUGCGGGCCUCAAUCACAUCCCAUGCAUGACACUGGAUGUGGAGGAGGCGAUUGCCGAGGUGGGGAAAUUUUUGGACGAGCUAUUUGCGCGAAUUAUGGAGCUACGUGAUCUCACGGAUUCCACCAAGUCAUUUCUCCAGAGAAUCAUCUUGAAGAAAGCAAGGGAGAAGAUGAAGAGAUACCAAGUGACGCAUAGGCACGUUGUUGCGGAACCGUUCGAGCAUCCGGCCGUCAAGAGGGAGCUGGCGUUCCUGACUAGCAGAUUCCUCAUCUCUCCGACGGACAAGGCUCCCAACACGCCAGCCUUCGUUUGCAAGAACUUUAUACGAAAGCUGGCGUUCAAGAGACUGUCUAGCCCUCAGUUUGCCAACAUUCUCAUGCCUCCUGCGGCCGUCGUAUCACGCAUCCAUGGCGAAAUCUCUGUCUUCCCGACACUUCCUGCUACUGCGACCUCGCUCCCCUAUCUGAUGACAGUGCUCAAGGCGCACAAGGGCACCUUCCGAUGGAUCACGAACACCGCGGAUACUGUCAUCUCUCCGGCAGCGGACGUCUGCGCCUGCUUAUUGCGCUUUCUUCUCCCGCUGGUACAGACCUUCUGUCGGGACAGGAGCUUGGAGGUGGAGGAGCAGCAUGGCGUUAGACCAAACCUCUAGUGGGCCAUCUCAUCAGUGGGGGAAUUCUAUGCCAAUCUACCAGAGAAAGUUUAUUCCGUCUUCACAGCCGACAUCAC